CAACAGGAAUUAAAUCUUAAGGGAAAUGUAUUUUCACCCUCCCUUGGCGUCCCAGGCAGAAUAGAAAACUCAGUUUGGCUACAAGCCUGGCCCUAAGAAUGCUUGCUUGGAAGUAAGUUUCCCCAGUCGCCCCUUCAGUGGGGCUAAUCUUUCUUAAGGAAGUGUGCCCAGGAGCAGCCUUGGGAUGCUAAGGCAAGGAACCUGAGCUGGGUUUGUCCUUGGAUUGCCUGCUGGUUUACUCCGCUGCAUUUUCAUGAGCGCCGCCCUGGACUGCUGGAACGCAGGCACCAUACAAAAGAAAAGAAAAGAAAGCACUUUCUGUAGCAUCAUGACUUGUUCCUACAAUGUGGUUUUCCUGUUGGACACUGCCAGUUCUCUGCAGAAGAUUCACCUUCACCUGGGCACCUUAAGGAUCUUGAACUACUUGGGUUGCAAGUUUGGCCUAGCUAAAAUCCGGUGGGGCUUCAAGUUCUUUGACUCCUCGGGUGCCCAGGGCAGAACUUCACGAGUGGGCAAUUUCCGUGAGCUUGGAUCCCGCAGUUGGGAAGAAUUUGAGGAGGAGCUGGAUGCAAAGUUUGGAAACCAGGACUGCAACCCAAAGUCAACUGGCUCGGUACCCCGAGCCACACUCACGCAGAACAUACUGAAAGAAUCGUUACUCGACUAUCAGUGGGACCUGCCUGAAAUUGCAUCUCCAGCCAAACCAGUGUUGAGAAACCAGAAAAGCAAGUUAACUGUGACCCUGAACAAACCUCCAGGGAGUUAUAUUCCUUCUGAGGGCUUCGUGAAUGCUAUUUUCCUCUUCUCUCCUUGCCCUCAUUCCCAGAGGGAGCUGCUGCAAUUUGUUUCUGGAAGUCCUACUCAUUUGUCUGAGGAACUGCCUGCUUCACAUGAUCUGACAGAAAAGUUCAUCCCUAAGGGUAUCCGGGAAAUGAUGGCUAGCCAGAAAAUCGCAUUGUAUUGGGUGGACACUGCUGACUGGUUCAAGCUUCUUGGAACAUCAGACCACUUUGGCUACUGGAUGUUGGUUGAACUGAUGCGCUUAUUGGGGGGCAACAUCUUGCCAUCUGAGACUUUGAUUCAGUGUUUAAAUCACCACUGUACUGGGGGUACCCCUGACUUUCCUAUGGAGCCUGGGUCCUCUGGACAACCAUUCACACCAUGGACUACAACCCUGCCUUUUGAUUCAACUUUGAACUGCCUGUUUACCUCACCUUCCUCAUUGCAAGCAUCCUUCCCUCAUGUAGAAGGAGUGUUGUACCUCAAAUCUGAUGGAGUUGAAGAGGCACAAAGUUGUGGUGUGAUCUUGGAGCCUCUAACUCUAAGCCAGAGGCACCUCAAAAGUCCAGUCAAUAUUACUCUGAAAUGCACUAUGACCAGCUGGAAUGCAGUGCAUGCUGGGAGCUUUCACACACAGAGCUGGAUACUGCGGAACACAUUGUCAGGACUGUCAGUCCAAGAGACUUCAUUGUUUCAGCAGUUUGUAAAAUCCCUCCUGGCACAAGGGCUACACAUGGUUGCUGAAGUGUCUCCAUCUGGGGCCUAUUGUCCCUGUACUGGGAUUUUCUCUCCCAUCUCGAAUACCACUGCAGUUCUUACUUUACUCUGUGCUGAGAGAGCACCAGAAGUUGAGAGAGCCCUCCUUCAAACAGCUCUAGAAGGGAAUCUUUUGAAAGAGGAGGCUAGCCUUCCAGAAAUCGUGAGCAGCGUGAUAAAUCAAGUUGGUGAUGACUUUGAUCUAGCAAGUUCUGGUCCAGCAGAAACAUUGAUUCCAGAGUGGGCACAGCAGGAGCUGUCCUGCACCCACCCCUGGAGUCCUGCUGUGAUUGAAGGCUGGUACUCUUUCUCAAACCUCUGUGGAGCGAGUUCUCACUUGAUGGAAUCAUUCAGGUUGCUGCAGGCAGGGUCUUCUGCGGAGGAAAAGGAGGCCCCAAAGCAUGAAAGGGAGCUUACCCACUGUCUGUCUGAAUUUUACCAGAAGAAAGCCUCUGGCAUCUCUGCUACAUCCCAACAGCGGGAUCACAGGAAGAGACGCGGAGUUCCCCGGACUCCCGUUCGGCAAAAAAUGAAGACCAUGCCUCGCUCCCUUCAAAUGCUAAAUGCUGCAAGGCUGAAUGUAAAGGCUCAAAAGUUCCAGCCAGAUGGAGAGCUGCCAGUCAGUGAGAACGUUUCCCAAAAGCUAUUACCGAGAAGAUUGAAUGAUAAAGCGGAAGAAAGGGGGGAAGCAAAGAAAACCAAGAUAGGCUUCAGGAAUGAGGAGGAGAUGCUUUCUUUCAUAUCUACAAACUACCAGAAGGCGGUGACAAGCGGAGAGAAUUUGUUUGCGUAUGCCCAGGAGACGGUGGCAGCUGUUAAUGCGUUGCAGAAAUCAAAUGAGGAAGCUGGUGUGGAUACAAUCCGAAGCAAUCUCCUGAAAACAAGCAAAGCCCUCCGUCAGCAGCUUGGCAACGAUCCUGAUAAGGAAAUCAAAGUCAGAGAGUGUCAGCUUCAGGUCUAUCUGCGCCUUGAAAUGUGCCUGCAGUGCCCUUCUUUGCAAAACAGCACAGAUGGGAUGGAACAGCUUGUGGAAGAGAUGACAGAGAUGCUGCGGAUUUUGUGUUUGACUGAAGACCCAGGAUACCUCGCCAGGUUUUUGGAGGAAGUUGUGGAAACGUACCUGGAAUCUAUGCCAAAGACCCUUGGGGAUUUGUACUACAGCCUGGGGACACAGAUUCCCCCAAAGCUGGCCUCUGUCCUGCCAGCAGACUUCUUCAGUGAUGAUUCCCUCAGUCAGGAGAGCCAAACCCCAUCCCUGCCUCCUUCUGCAUCCUCAGUUCCUGUUUCCAGAACAGCUUCCUUAAGUACCGAUGCAGAACAACUGGAAGAACUACGCACCAGAUCUGCCAAGAAAAGAAAGAAUACUCUGGCCAGACACCGGAGUGUAACAGAAGCAUCACAAAACUUACGCCAGAUAGAGAUUCCUCAAGUACCCAAAAACCGUAUUAGGAAGGACAGCUCUCAUGUGUGCCUUGAUGUGAAACCAGUACCAUCUGUACAGAAAGUGGCAGUGCAAGAAGUGACAAAGGUACGAAGGAACCUCUUCAAUGAAGAAAUGCUUCCUCCAGGCAAAAGAUCCCUAUCAAAGAUUCCUCGAAGCCAGUCCGUAUCAGCUGUAGAAGGUUUAAAAAACAAGCGGAACCAAGCUAAGGAGUGUGUAAGAGAUAAUCUCAAACUGCUGACCAAGAGUGUGGCAGAAACACCGUUGCACAAGCAGAUCUCCAGGCGGCUGCUGCACAAACAGAUUAAAGGCCGGAGUUCAGACCCUGGAUCUGAAGUUGACAUUGUAGAAGAAUCUCCUGAAAAAGCCAUACCAUGUGGAUUAAGAAGAAGUCCACGGAUCAAGCAACUUUUACAAGAUAGAGCAGUCUCUGGUUCCUUCUACUGCUCUCAACCCAGCAAGAAGAGUGUACAGCAAAUGCAGUCAGAAGCACCGAAUGUACAAGAUGAUUUAACAGGUAUGGAAGCAAGCAAGGGAUUGCUUAGGCUUGAGCCUACAGCAGCUGACACUUGUGUGGACUGUUUGUUAUCUUUUUGUUUUACAGGCUUGGCAUCUCCUCUUGUGAAAAAAGCCAUCCAGUCCCCAAAGAGCCUUCUCUUUGGAGCAGUUCUAGAUGUGUUCUGUUCUGAAGGGAUGGACUCACCCAGAACAAGAAGAAAAACUUUAGCCUCCAGUGAGCUUGUUUAUCAGACACCAAGGAAAGCAUCCCUUCGGUCUUCCCCGAAGCUCUUAAGUCCCCCUAGUAACACACCAAGAAGAACUAUGGAGAAGCUACAGCAGACCCCCCAAAAGAGCCAAGCCCCAAAGCAUAGUGCAGCCAAAAGUUUGGGAAAUCUUUUCUCACCUUGUGGACAGAAGAGCAAGUCCUUGCCUGAAGCCACUGAAAGGAAAGGGGAUUGUUUUGCACGCACGUCUCUGAUAAAGGAAAUAUUUUCUUCCCCGCACAAGGCAGCACAGCUGCAAACUCCUGGAAAGGAGGCAGGGGAUGAGGUGCCCGAUGAUGUAUUCUCUUCACCUGCAAGUGGUUCCUGUUCGGCAGCUGCUCUGCUCUCUCCAUUCCCAUCAAAUUCACCAGGAAAGUGGCUCUCACAACUGCAGUCCCCAAGGCGCUCUUUGAGAGUUGCCUGGAGAAUUGCCUCUCCAGCUUCUGCUCAGAAACAGUGUCUUGAGGCAGAACAACUUACAGAGCCACUUUCAGCAUUGGAGCUGGACUCUGCAGUGUCAGAAGUGACACCCACAGUAUUCAGAGGCAGGGUUUCAGAACCGUCUUUGAGUCCAAAGAACACCAAGCUUAGUGAAACCUUUCCCCCACCUGGUUAUCCUGUUUUGAUGCCCGAUGUUAACUCAUUGCCAUAUAGCCCACCCACAAAUGCCAUAGCCGCAUCCACACUUUCUCCUGCUGAGACUUGGGAUCUGCGCAGCAAGUCUGGUACUCCCCAAAAGACUCCUUUGAAACACCAGAGGGUCACAAACAUGUACCCAGCCAAAGCCCUCCAGUCGCCUGCCAAGCUGCAUCCGUGCUAUACCAACUUGAAUCUUUCUGCUAAAACCAAAGCAGAGAGCAGCCCCACCGUGAAGAGACGUGGAGUGAGGACUCUAAGUAAGAGGAGGGGGUUAGAAAGACACCUGCCUCCUGAGCUCUCCACAAAGGACCACAUGCUUCUCCCAGAUGCUGUGGUUCUGUGCGAGCGCCUAGAUGCUUCCUCUCUAAUCAAUGUGCUUACCACUAGCAGUUCUGAAGCAGAAGGCAGCCCAGGUAGAGUUUUGCCGGGGGAGAAGGCAGUAAGUCUGCAGCCUCUGCUCCUCCAGAACCCUCCUGCGUGCGACCAGGCCUCCUUGCCUGAAACCCCAAAGUCUGGUUCACGUGCCUAUUCACUGCGUCACACCCCAGACAGAAGGCAGCGGGAGGCUGCAGCGCGGCUGGGGAAGCCUGAGAAGGUGGCAACAUUCAGCACACCUAGGACUGCUCACACUCUGCCUCUGGCAACGAGCCCGCGAACUUACGAGAUUGAGCUCGAGAUGCAAGCUUCUGGCCUGCCCAAGCUCCGAAUUAAAAGGGUUGGCACUGGGCCAGCUUUGGAUCCUCAAUCUCAUUUGCAGUCUGGAAAGCCCAAAGGAGAUGAAAGCGAUCUUGCUACAGGGGAUCUUUCCGUGACCUGGUGCGGCAGGCACUCUGGGAAACUGGAAACCGUCUCCAUCUCGCCAUCUUGUAAUCGCUCUGCUCACAGUACCCCUGCAAAGUUUGGGGGUGGGGGGCAGACCUAUAUAUGUCAGUCGUAUAGUCCAACUCACUGCACCCCCUGCGCUACUUCCCCAUCCCAGGGCAAUGUUGGCCUUCCCUGGACACCUUCUCCAAAGCAUAAAGGGAAAGUGACCCCUGAAGCAAUCAAGGACUGGCCGCGAAGGAAAAGGGCCACUGUGGGCUGCAGCAGAAGCGAGAGGGACGUGGCUGGGGAGACUAGAGCUUCCAGCCUUCUUGGCACCAAUAAAGCACUACCCUUGGGGGACUUUGAACUUGAAGGCAUCUGUAGGCUUCAGGACCAGUCACCUUGUAGCGAUGCAGAGCCCAGUGGAGACGAGAGCACCUGCAGAGCAACCCCUGGCCUAAAGUUCAGGAAAAGGCCCUUUGGCCACAUGUCUCCUGAGGAGGAAGUCAGCCAGGAAGUGAAAAAAAGGCACUACGCAAAGAGAGGCAACCCAAACGCGGCAGUGUAUGCAGCCGAACUGCUGAGUACAGGAAAAGGUGUAGCGUCCUUAAACAAGACAAUACUGGAAGAGGAAGGGGAGGUCUUCAGCAUUUCAGGUACGACUCCACCAGAGUCUUCAGGGAAGAGCACAAUCUCUGCUACCGGACUUCAGGCGCUGACGCAGUCCCCGCUGCUCUAUCAAGGCCACACCACAUCCCUGAGGAAAUGGCCCACAGGAGACAACAAUGAUGCAUUUGGAGCUGCAGAUGAAGACUUCCCCCCCUUUCACAGUACAACCAUGAGGCAACAUUCCAUAAGGAGGACCUACUCACGGAAAAGGCUGCUCAGAUGAACCUGGGAAAAAGAUGGUGAAAAUACUUGGGAGCCUGAUGACAAAGCCAUUUUGGAUGACUUUAAAACCAAAAUGAAGAUAAUAUUGG